AUGACGACGCCGAGCUUGAUGCGCAUCGCGGGCUUCCGGCGGCUCUCGCGCGUCGUCUCUCACGCCGCCGCGUCGUCCUCCUCGUCGUCGCCGCCGCCGCCGUCGUCGCGUCGCGUCGCGCCGCCGUCGCACCUCGCGCCUCGCGCGACCCAGCGCCAUCACCAUCACCGUCACCAUCUCGCGGCGGCGGCGGGACCGCCGGGACAUCGCCGGCGCCGACACGGCGGCGCGAGGGCGACCGCGGACGCCGACCCCGGGGUCGCGAACCCCGGCCUCGACGCCGCGAACCUGUGCAUCCGCGGCGUGAGCGUCGAGGGCGACGACGUCCGCGCCGUGCUCGCGAACGCGGGGCUCUCCCCGACGCAGGUGGACGCGGUGACGACGUCGCAUCCCGACCUCGAGACGUACGACCUCGCGCGCGAGGUCGUCCCGCGCGUGAACUACCUGCGGUUCCUUCACGACAACGACCGCCUCGGCGGGGAGUCUGUCGCGGACGCGAUCGCGCGUCAGCCGCAUUCGCUGGAGCGGCGCUUCCACCUCGUGCACGAGUGCGAGGACUACGCGGUGGUGAACAAGCCGUGGUGCGUGCGCCUCGACACGCCGCGCGGGUGGAAAGACGCGGCCGGUAACCCGCUGAAUCGAUUCACGCCAAAGUACCCGGGGGACCUGAGCGUGGAGGACUGGCUCGAGGAGAGGUACCCGGGAUGGGACACGGUGCGGUUCGUGCAUCAGCUCGACAACGCGACGAGCGGGGUGCUGGUCGCCGCGUCGAAUAAGCGCGCCGCCGGGCGCGCGGCGAAGUUGUUCCGCGAGAGAGCCGCGAGGAAGGCGUACAUCGCGCUCGUGUUCGGGCACCCGCGCGAGGACGAGUGGACGUGCGAUGCGAAGUUGGGGAGGGAUCCGAGCGACCCGAAGGGGUUCAAGGAGCGCGUCGUCGUCGACGGCGAGGAGGAGGGCGUCGAGGGGAAAGCGUCCGAGACGAGGUUUAAAGUCCUCCAGCGAGGGACGUUCGCGCUGAGAGGGAAGCACGAGGGCGCGGACGUGAGCAAGGUCUUGGUCACGCCGAUCACGGGCCGGCGGCAUCAGAUCCGCGUGCACCUCGCGCACGGUGGGUAUCCGAUCGUCGGGGACGCCGCGUACAGCGAGGACAAGGACACGUUCCGGACGUUUCUUCACGCGCACGCGUUGACGCUGCCGUUCGACGCCAAGGACGGGGGAACGAAGACGUUCACAGCCCCGGAGCCGCCGUCGUUCGCGGCGGCGAUCCUGUAG